AAAAACAUCUAGUCUGGGAGCAACGAUCUUCCACUCACUGCGCAGAGGCGGUUGCGUGCGUGCUUGUGACACAUCUCGCGACGGUCUAUCAAGCGCCCGAUCAUAAAGAUGUGCUGGUCCUUGGACAUGCUGCCCUCGCCUCCUUACAUUGAGCUCGGCGUCCACUCGUUGAGUGGCCUUCUGUGGACGCUCGCGCUCUUGUUCCUGUGGCACUGUUAUCGGAUAGGCUCGGACUUGCCGAUGGGGGUUCGCGCACGCGGGGGAAAGUUGGGCUCCGGAAGGUCCACGAUGUCUCCUGGCGGAAGCUGUGCGGGAGCAAAGUACGAAACCCGGUCCAAGAUUCUCAGGGGUGAUCCAAGGAACCCGUUUUCAAGCAUCGAAACGGAAGAGGAUGAGGAGUUGGCGCAAGGCUACCUCACACCCGUACUUAGCCAUGCCUUGUUCCCAGCGCAGGCAUCCGCACAGGCCAAGAAACUGUACUCGGCCUUGCAGGAAUACGCCAAACGCUACAGCUGGGUGGGAAUGGGCCGCAUUCACAAAGGCCUCCGGGAGCAGAUCAAAUCAAAUGACCACUCAGCGAUACAGAAGCCGCAUCUCUUCUUCCUACCAGAUGUCCCGAGUGUUCCUUUUUUCCCACGCGAUGCCCAUCGGCAUGAUAUUGAAGUCCUGGAAGCCAACUACGCUGUCAUCCUGGCUGAGUUCCAAGCUGUUUACCAGAAAGGCCUCGACUCCAAAUCGGGCUGGACCGUGGGACCAAAGGGCCAGGCAGUGUUUCCACUGUACAGCGCGGGCGUGUACGUGGCAGCCAACUGUCGCUGCUGUCCUUGCACGUAUCGGACACUGCUGUCCCUCCGCACAUUCAUAAGCAGCAACUCCUUGGGAUCGGCUGGAUUUUGGUUGCUGGGACCCGGCGCUGCGCUGGGUAGCUCAUACGGACCGACGAAUACGCGGCUGCGGUGUCAUCUAGGUCUGCAAACUCCCCCCCUGUGUGAGCUGGUGGUGGGAGGGGAGCCUCAGUGCUGGUCUGAGGGACACUGCCUGCUGAUUGAUGACUCAUUCCUUCACACCGUCUCACACAAAGGGCCCCCGGAUGCUGGACCUCGAGUCAUCCUCAGUGUGGACGUCUGGCAUCCGAAUGUGGCCGCGGCGGAGAGACAAGCGUUGGACUUCAUGUUCAGUCCUGAUCUCUGAGCACUUGGGCGUUUUGAUUCCACCCUGAACUUUGAACUCUGCCAGUUUUGCGAGAUGCGUGGGGGGCGCCUUUGGGUUUCGAGGGUCUCGUCUAUGGAUCACUGUGUGCGUUAUCCGUUGAAAAACAUGUUGGUCGUUUUCUGCCCUUUUGACCCCGAUGCAUUCAUGGUGCAUGAAAAUAUGAUCAUGCAUGGCUGCCAUAAACAAUGUGCGUCACUUGGAGAUACAACAAGACCUCCUUUAGCAUCCGAGCAGAGGAUUAGAGGAUCCCAUUAGAUAACGUUCUCACAAGGGUGUUUGCAUGCGAAACUUGACUGUCAUGUUUAUCGUUGGUGCAUGCGUCACUUUGGACAUCAACACCUGACGAUCACGCCGCCACACUGCGGCAAAAAUAAAAUAAAAUAUGGAA